UGUCCAGUGCCAGUUUAGCGCAGGAAAGAUGCCGUUCAAGCGCUACGUUGAGAUUGGCCGCGUGGCCCUCAUCAACUAUGGCCCCGAGUUCGGCAAGCUCGUGGUCAUCACCGAUGUGAUCGACCAGAACCGGGCUCUGGUUGACUUCCCCGAGCAGGAGCGCCGCGUGGUGAACUUCAAGCGCCUGGCGAUUACUGACUUCAAGGUGGACAUCAAGCGCCACGCCGUCAAGAAGGACCUGAAGAAGGCCCUGGCUGACGCCGAUGUGGUCGCCAAGUUCGCUGCCUCUUCGUGGGGCCAGAAGCUGGCCAAGCAGGCCGCCAAGGCCGCCACCACCGACUUCGACCGCUACAAGGCGACCGUCGCGAAGGCGAAGAAGGCCCGCGCCGUGCGCAAGGUCCUGAACGGCCUGAAGAAGACCGCCGCCCCCAAGAAGAAGUAAACCGCUUCUUGUAGCAUCACGCACCUCUUCCCGGGCAUCAGGCUGGGUUGAAUUGUGAGCGCCAGGCGGCGGGGCGAAGUGGCGCGGAGCGGCCGAGCUGGAGCACGGAGCGGCUGCGAGCGGCGCGGAGCGCGCCAGGCUGGUGUAGGCGGCGGCGGGCCGUCAGGCGGCGCGGGAGUCUGGAGUCAGGGGGCGCAGCGGCCGGAGGGCAGCGGCGCGGCGGCUGGGGGCGCGUGGGCGCCGGCCGCGGCGCAGCGCGCUGCCUUUUGGGCACGUGCGCGUGUGCAAGGCGGUCGCCGCGGCGGCAGGCGGCUGGCGGGCGGGGUGCUGAAGGGUCAGGCCCCGUCCGGCGACGCCUGGGCGGUGAACUGUUUAGAGUGGCAACGAUGGUCCGUGGUGUGACGGGCUGGAGCAUUCGGGUGGCAGCCCCGUCCGCCCUGGGCUGUAACCCCCAUACGGUGAAUGAGAAUUUCAAGUGCCCUGGUGUCUCCCGCCACCGUGACAACGUUCAUGGGGAUGCGACUGGCAGCCUGGGUUGAGGCGCUCUUGAGGGAUCUUCAGCUACGUCUG